GACAGCUAAAUAGAAAUCAUUUGGAAAAAAGGUAUUUCACAAUUUGGUCACACAGCAAUUUUGUACUGCUCACUACAAUUCGGCGAAUCAGUUGAGCUUCUUAUAUAAAAAGAAAUAUCGACGAAAAAAUACGAUGGUGUUAAUUGCUAUUGACCGUCAUAGUCGCAAAAUCCUCGGUUAUUUAUGUCGAAACUACAACAGCGUACUGGCGUACUGUUGUAGUUGUUGCGAUGUAGAGUUCACAACGGCAAUCGAUUUAGAGAGGCACAUGGUUGUACAUGAAAGUUUGCAAACUAGCACACCAACAAUACAACAUACAAUUAGCGAAGGCGAUGUACCGUUGAAUGUACUAAGUGAUAUCGAGAGGGAAAAGCAUUUAAAGAUGAAAUACCAGUUGACCCCAUGCAGCGUACAACUAUUUCGAUUUGAUAAUGAUGAUGGCGAUGGAGAUAAAGAUGAUGAUGAAGACAAAGGCAUGGAUAUGGAGAUUGACACAUCUAUGGCGGCUGCCAUGGACAAUACAAAUCAAGAGAAUACGGCUCCAGCUAAAGAGCAAUCGAUGAAAAGACGUCCGGGUCCUGCUUCUAAAAAGCAUAAAAUUGGAAAUAAAGAUACGAAAAAGGUGUUGAAAAAACAAUCACCACCGGCUGUAUGCUAUCUAUGCGGGCAAAAGUUUCAUUCGACCAUCGCAUUGGAGCAGCAUCAAAAGACUCACAUCCAAAGCAGCAUCGUUUCUCCGGUCUUUCCCUGCAAAGUUUGUGGUAAGAACGUGAGGAAUUUGAAGAAACAUCUACAUCAACAUAAAAAUGAAAAGAAAAACAAAGGCCAGAGAGCCACUGCAUCGGUUAGCAGCACCAUGGUAAAACCAAACGAUACAAAGAACAUUUUGGUACCGGUGAAAUCAGUAGAAGCGGCAACACUACCAACUGAUACAAAAGUCGAAGAAGCGUCCAGUUCAACUGACGCAGUAAUCACAUCUAUUCCAGGUGUAAAGGAAACCGAAAACGACAUAACGUCAAACGAAGCUGCUAUGCUAUCGCACGAUGUUCGUGUCGAGUCGGAAACGUCAAUGCCAAUGCCACCAAUCGUUAUUGAAGAAGAUCCAAUAGAUUCUCAAUCGACUGAACAAACAGUGGGUAUAUUGGCUACUACUGACGAAAGUGUUUUGCAGGAGAAUCUGAUUCCAGAAAAAGUCAUUCAGUCUCCAUCCGACAAAAAGGUUCAAUGCGAUUUUUGCAGCAAGUUAGUGGGCAUCAGUUAUAGGAGAAUUCACAUGAAAAAGUAUCACACCAACAUUCCAUCAGAAACAAAAAAUUGAAGUUCUCCUUCAGCUACUUCAUUAACAAUCAUAAUUUACAUUUGUCAUCGAUAGCAAUUUCAUUGAACAAAUAUUACUUUUUUAAAGAAAUUAAGCGCACUGUGUGCGAACUUUAUUAAUCACUUAAACUACCCAAACUUUCCAUAAUUUGUUUACGUUUACAUUUGAGGUUAUGUUCAUCUAUUUGGACAAAUUGAAUAUUCAAAUUGGACAACUAUGGUAGAUAUUUCAAUACUUACGAAAUUUAGAAAUAAGUUCCGUUUAUUUCUACAGUGGAUAUGAACUCGAAAAAACGCAAUUGAGCAUGAAUAACUACGCCUUUUCAGUGAAUUUUAUGAUAAUUAAAUCGCGUCUCGUAGCAUUGCAACAGCAUAUUAAGAACGCACGGAAAAAUUGAUUUAUUUAAUUAAAUGAAAAUUUGGUGGUAUUCAAAUUGAUUGAAAACAAA